CUCAAACACACACACAACAGUGUCGUCAACACACGCAGAGGACAGUGAAACACGGACAAAGGGAGUCGAGAGGAGCUGAGGUCAGUGCACUGCUCCUGAACUUCUCUGUCCCAUCAUGGCUCAGUCAGGAUCCCAGUCACCGGAUGAUGCUUUGCACGGCUCUUGGGUGGAGCUGGAGGGUCUGGUGGCUUCUGCGAGUAAAGCAGAAGCAGAAUCAGGAGCACAGGACACCACGGCCCCGCUCCUGCAGGGGGAGCUGGAGAGGAUUCUGCUGGAAGCUCAGCUGGAGUGUGAGAGGAGCAGUCAAACAGAAAGUCCUCCACAGGUCGUGACCCCGAGAACAUCCGGAUCUCCCAAACCAGCCAGUGAGGGCAGCAGCAGCACAGACUGUGUGACUAUACAGUCGGAUGAGAAUGACAGGCGAGUGAGUGCUGAAUGGGUGUGGGAUUGGUCCAGUAGGCCAGAAAACCUCCCGCCCAAGGGGUUUGUGUUUCAUCACCCAAAGCAGUCUGGUUCUCUGAGCGUGAGGAAGACUGAGGUAAUGAAGAGGGGUUUGUUUUCCUCAGACGUGCUCCUCAUCCUCCUGCCUUCUCUGCUCGCCUCACACGCUCUGACGCUGGGUUUGGGAAUAUACAUAGGGAAACGGUUGGCAUCCUCCUCCACCAGCACACUGUGACAUGUGACAUUUGGCAGCUCACUGAUUGGCUGAGGCCGCUGCCACUAGCACUGUAGCCCAAUCACGGCUCUUUUCUCCUCCUGUGAUGGGCAACAGCCUCUUCUGCCUCUGUCUGUGUUUGUCCCGUUUCACCCCAAAACCAGUCUGUCUGUGUCUCUUUCUCUGUCUCCACAUAUUUGCAGGGGUCAUAUCAUGAGGAAUCAAACUGUCCUUGAUAUUUUUAGAUAAAAGAGCCUGAUGUUCUAUGACAGUAUAUGUUUCAGAAUGAUAUACAUGUUCAAAAGCUAUAACAACUUAUUGUGAACUCUGAAGACCUAAAUUUAAGAUUUAUGUAUUUGCAUAUAAAAUUUCCAUUAUUUUAAACUUAAUGUGAUGCAUUUUAAAUAACCAGCUUUUUAAUAUUUAUAGUCAAUAAAUCCAAUUUGGUUCAGUCUCAUACAUUUUAACUAAAUGAAUACCGCUUAUUCCACAGCUAGCCAUAUUUUAACCAUGUUUAUAUUUUUUAACUGAACAAAUGUAAUUGUUUACACAGUGAACGGUUUAAGCUGAUUCUAAGCAAUUCAAAUAAAUGCAUUUUGAAAAUAUGAUUGUUUAAGAGAAACAGAUGCAAAUUGUUAAUAAAAUAAUAAUUAAGUGCAGAAUUCAUACCCGUUUCUUAGCCAUUUCAUCACAUUAAGUUUAUUAGUUUAUAUCAGAACUGUGUAAUCCAAAUAGAUGGAAAUUUUAUAUGCAGUUCAAAUACGUAAAUAUUAAAUGUAGGGCUAACUAUUUCUGAUAUCAGACUGAUUAAUACGUUAUAACAUGACUGACCAAAUUUAAAUAUUCUAUAUGUGCGAAAUGUUAAUUCAAAGGAAAUUAGAACUGUUUUUGGUGCAAAAAAGUAUAAGUGGAGCUCAGGGAAAACUCUAUGCAUGAUAUGACCCCUUUAACCACCUGUAAGAGUCUUUUAAAGACAAAACUGUCCCUUUAAAUCUUUUUUAGUUGUUUCUCUAGUCCAUUAAGGACUGUGUCCACAUGAGUGUCAGGUUUAAUACAGUACAAUUACUACGGAAAACAGAAACAGUAAUACACUGAAAUCUAGCUGAAAGAGUGUACUGUAAGAGAGAAGGAAACUGACAGUGAGCGAAGCAAAAAAAAUAUUAUUUUACAUCUAAAUUAAAUGCAAGACAUUCAUUCAGUUUGAGACAGUGUUCAGUCAUGUAUAGGUUAUGACUGAAUCAUUUCGUUUGCAUUUGUGUGGAGCAGAGUAAUGUGAAAAAUCUCAUGUCGCAGUAACUUGUUUGUGAUAUAGACUCAUUCCAUGUUGUAAUGUGAAGGUAACUGGAGUUCACCAGGUUAUCUGGUCAGAUUAAUCUCAUUUGUAAUGUCUCGACCAUAAUAAAUGUCACUCUUAUCA